AAAUAGCAAGCGGGAGCUAGGACGGCUUGUCAUGUGACUGUGACUGACUGACACUGUGGCGAGCCGAGUCCCAAGACCAACAAUCACGUUUGCACCAAAGUUUGACACCGGAAAAGGAGGUGAAAUGUCUUGAGCAUCACGUGAAUACCGUGAAACGAAAGACAUCUCGAUGGCGAUCACUUGGAAAACAGCUUUGACGUACGUCGCAAUUUUCUCCCUCUGCUUUCUGGGCAUCCCCAUUAAGAUUGCACCUCCAGCAAACAACCUGCAGCAGUCUUUUAUUUCGUAUCUGGCAGCCCGCAACCGCUCCUAUGCCAAGGAUUCGCCUGAAUUUCAAAGAAAGUUUGGCUACUAUCUGAACUCAUUGAGUCGGUCAAAGGACCUGAAUUCCUCAAGUGACCACCCUCUUGCAGCACGGUACGGGGCGACCAAAUUUUCGGAUUUGUCCCAGGAGGAGUUCAUACAGACAUACCUAAAUCCAGAUCUGUCAGUCAAAUUUAUGAAGAAGGAACAUCGGGAGCAAUUAAUUCAAAAGCACCAGCAUUCCAAUAGGGAAAAAAGGGCUGUGAUUUUCGACAACACUCUACCCAUGGUGGUUGAUUGGAGGAAGAAGGGAAUCUUAACUCCAAUUAAAAAUCAGAAAACCUGUGGUGCUUGCUGGGCCUUCAGCACUAUUGAAACGAUCGAGGCGAUGCAGGCCAUGCAAAAAGGAAAAUCGGUGAUGCUGAGUGUGCAACAAGGGGUGGAUUGUGCAACAAAUGGCAACAUAGGCUGUGCUGGCGGUGAUACAUGCCGUUUUCUAGAGUGGAUGAAUGCCUCAAAGGUGGCUCUCGUAACUGAGAAUCAGUACCCCUUCACUGGCAUGACUGGCAAAUGCAAAGUGACCGACAAUGUAAACACAGUUGGAACCAGAAUCACUUCAAAUUUUACGUGCAAUAACUAUGUGGGUGAGGAGCAAGAGUUGAUGAGAGUGGUGGCCACCCACGGGCCUGUGGCCGUCGCUGUGAACGCCAUAAACUGGCAAAACUACUUAGGAGGCGUGAUCCAGUUCAACUGCGAUGGCAACCCGUUCAGCCUCAACCACGCCGUCCAGAUUGUCGGGUACGACCGAACUGCAGCCAUUCCCUUCUACAUAAUCCGCAACUCGUGGGGCUCUGAUUUUGGGGACAAAGGAUAUCUCUACAUUGCCAUUGGAGAUAACAUAUGUGGCUUGGCCAACGAAGUGUCUGCUGUGAAUGUUGUGUGAUUUCGGAGCCUUUUGUAAGUGCCAUUUUUAACAAAUGUUCCAAGUCUAUAUAUUUCUACAUUCCAUUGGUGGUGAUUUUAAAGAGUUCCCCAUCCCGCUAGCUAUUUAGAAUUAAUGCGAUUCUCUCUUAUGUACAAAAAACUGUUGCACUCUCUCUAUAUGACUGCUUUUUUUUCUUCGCGAAGUGCAGGAUUUCCCUUUACACUGCCGAUUUCUGUAACGCUGAUGCUGUACUCAUUUUUUUCACUGCUUUUAUAAGAAAAUAGAAAGAUUGAUCUUGUAAUGCUAUAUGUUAGAUUUAUUUUCACAAACACGUUACAAAAAAUUUGUUACCUCUAAAAUAAAAAAUGUUUUUCUAAUAA